AACGCAUAUUCUCAAAAAACAUUCUCACAUUUCUCCCAUCACCCAAACCACGCGCCGCCUCUACCAUCUCACGCGCCGCUGUACGAUUUCAAAAUCAUCCAUCAAUCUCAUCCUCUCCUUCUCCCUUAUCCUCCUCAAUUCCCCUCUUCUCUUUCUCCAUCUUCAUACCCUCAAGAUCUCACAAAAAUCAUAGGGUUUCAACUACUUAUAGAAUAAAAGAGUCUAAUUUAUGAAUUAGAAUCCACCAUGGGAGGUGUGACAUCAUCGAUCGCUGCAAAAUUCGCGUUUUUUCCACCAACGCCACCGUCGUACGAGGUUGUAGCCGACGAUAGCUGCGGCGGACGUUUAUACAUACCGGAGAUUCCUCGUCGCGAUGAUGUCGAUGUCUUGAAGCUUCGUACACGUUGUGGCAACGAGAUCGUUGCUGUUUAUGUUAAACAUUCGAAAGCUAAUGCCACGAUUUUGUAUUCUCAUGGUAACGCUGCUGAUGUGGGUCAAAUGUUUGAGCUUUUCGUUGAACUCAGCAAUCGCCUUCGUGUCAAUCUUAUGGGGUAUGAUUACUCUGGUUAUGGUCAGUCUACUGGACAGGCAAGCGAGUGUAACACAUAUGCUGAUAUAGAGGCAUCGUAUAAAUGCCUCAAGGAAAAGUACGGUUUAAAAGACGAUGAACUGAUAUUAUAUGGUCAAUCUGUCGGCAGUGGACCUACGGUAGAUCUAGCUUCGCGCACACCUAAUUUGAGAGGCGUGGUGUUACAGUGCCCUAUUCUGUCUGGGAUGAGGGUCUUGUAUCCGGUGAAAUGUACAUAUUGGUUUGACAUUUACAAGAAUAUUGACAAGAUCGGCUCAGUUAACUGUCCUGUACUAGUAAUUCAUGGAACUGCGGAUGAAGUAGUUGAUUGGUCACACGGGAAACGGCUCUGGGAACUCAGCAAAGAGAAGUAUGAACCUUUGUGGAUAAGUGGAGGUGGACACUGUGACCUUGAACUCUAUCCAGAUUUUAUCAGACAUCUGAAGAAAUAUGUUGCAUCACUUGGCAACAAACAAGCAGAGGAAGCUGCCGUAAAGUGAGAUCACUGAUAGAGGGGAUUCUAAAAACAGUCUAGAGUCUCUAGACAGUUGGCUGGAGGAGUCCGGCGAUAAGUAACAAGCCUGAGAAUCCAAAUGAGAGCGUUGAUAGGUUUAGAAAUUAUUAAAUGAUGAUAAAGAAAGGUUCAAGUCUGGUGACAGAAGGGUUUAAUCUGGAAUGUAAACAAAACUGUAUGUUACAUUUUAUGAAUAAAUGUAUUUUGCUGAUUUUAUGCUUUU